AUGUCGGAUAUGAAUCUUAGUCAUACUAGGAUUCGAGGACAAGAUUAUGAUGGAGCUAGUAACAUGAGUGGUGCAUUUAAUGGUUUGAAAACCUUGAUUAUGAAUGACACAAAAUUCACAUACUUUGUUCAUUGUUUUGCUCACCAACUCCAGCUGGCAUUAUUAUUGUUUGUUGCUAAGACUCACACAAAAGUUAAUAGUUUCUUUCAUGCGGUUUCAAAUUUGUUAAACAUCAUCGGAGCUUCUUAUAAGCGGCGAGACAAGUUGAGAGAUAAGCAAGCAACAAAAGUUGUGGUAUCAUUGGCAGAAGGAGAACUAGAAAGUGGUAAAGGUCAGAAUCAAGAACUCGGUAUCAAACGACCAUGUGAUACUCGAUGGGGUUCCCAUUAUGCUACAUUAUUCAAUAUCACGAUCAUAUACUCUUCGAUUUGUGAGGUUAGCAACUUGCAUCAUUAUCAAGAUGAUGUCUUUUAUGCAGUUAUAGAUAUGCAACUACAAAAGCUAAGUUAUCCGUUUAAUGAAGUGAAUACAAGAUUACUUCAUUCUAUGGCUUGUUUAUGCCCAAGUGAAUCUUUUAAAGCAUUUAAUCUGGAGAAACUAACGGAAAUGGCCACAUUUUAUCCAAAAGAGUACCCAACAGUAAAUGAUCUUCAACUGCUUGAACUGGAACUUCAAGAUUACAUCAAGGAUGUACGUGGUGAUGAAAAUUUCAACCAUUUGAAAUGA